AUGGCGGCGACCACACCGAAUGCCAGCAGUGCUGUGCCCACGAUGGAGCAGCUACAUGGUAUGGCCAAGCGUGCGAGCGAGAAGGGUUGGCCGUCCGCAGACGUGCGGGAGCUCUACAUUUCCUUCUUUGAGCACGUGAAGCACAAGAGAUAUGCCUCUUCCCCCGUGGUGCCUCAUGGGGACAAUACCCUGCUGUUCAUUAACGCUGGCAUGAAUCAGUUCAAGCCGAUAUUUUUGGGGCAAGUGGACAAAAAUUCCCCGCUCGGGAAACUGCGUCGUGUAGUGGAUACUCAGAAAUGCAUCCGAGCUGGCGGUAAGCACAACGACCUGGAAGAUGUGGGGAAAGACGAGUACCACCAUACUUUUUUUGAGAUGCUUGGCAACUGGAGCUUUGGGGACUAUUUCAAGGAAGAAGCCAUUGAGUGGGCGUGGAAGUUGCUAACUGAAGUUUACAGACUUCCCAAAGACAGACUGUACGCGACGUACUUCGGGGGUGAUUCAAAAUGCCCCAGUUGCCCUCCGGAUUUGGAUGCGAAGAAGUUCUGGUUGAAGUACUUGCCAGAAGAUAGAGUACUACCUUUUGGCGCGAAAGAGAAUUUCUGGGAAAUGGCAGAUGUCGGACCAUGUGGCCCAUGCACGGAAAUUCAUUACGACAGAAUUGGUGGACGCAAUGCUGCAAGUUUGGUAAAUAUGGACGAUCCCUCUGUGCUGGAAAUAUGGAAUUUGGUUUUCAUGCAAUUCAACAGAGAAAACCAGCAAACGCUAACACCCCUUCCCGCCCCAUGCGUCGAUACGGGGAUGGGGCUGGAGCGUCUCGUCUCAGUUCUGCAGGGAAAGCAAUCUAACUAUGACACUGACCUUUUCUUGCCAAUUUUCGAACGCAUUCAUUCAUUUAACCCUAAACUUCCGAAGUACGAUGGAAAGGUCGGUGCGGCCGACAAGGACAAAAUCGAUACUGCCUACCGGGUGUUGGCAGACCAUAUCCGCUGCCUGACUGUGGCCAUCACUGACGGUGCCGAGCCGUCUAACGAGGGUAGAGGCUAUGUCCUAAGAAGAAUUCUUAGACGAGCGGUCAGGUUCGCCAAGCAAACGCUACAGCUGCCGGACGGGAGUUUCCCACAGCUUGCAGCCUGCGUUUGCGCAUCCCUUGGCACUGUUUUUCCGGAGCUAUUACGGUCACAAGAUCGCGUCCAUUCCGUGCUUCUUAAAGAGGAACAACAGUUUACUAGGACGCUCGAUAAGGGGGUGGAUCGUUUCAAGAAGGUCAUGUCCUCACUCCCACCAAGUGGCAAGUUCCCCGGCUCAGAAGCAUUUACUCUUUAUACAACUUAUGGGUUUCCACUGGACCUGACUCAGCUGAUGGCGGAGGAGGAGGGUCGAGAGGUCGACGCAGAGGAAUUCCAGAUGAAGUUCGAGGAGCACCGUCUAGCCUCAGAAAACAUGGGAUUCAAGGCCGGUGGUGGUGCCGCUGUCGGCCGCCUUCCACCUGACCAACAUCACAAGCUAGAGUUGCAAGGAGUUCUUCCGACUGAUGACUCGUUCAAGUACCAUUGGAAUAUCUCCCAGCGGCACUACAACGCGGAUUCUGAAACGACACCACCAUGCACUUGCAAGCUACAAGCCAUAUGGGAUGGAACAAGCUUUGCCGAAGUGGCUGCUGAGAACGGUACUGUUGUAGCUCUUGUACUCGACAAGACUCCAUUUUACGCGGAGCAGGGUGGACAGCUUGGAGACGAAGGCUUUCUGGAGUUUAACGGGCAUCACUUUAAAGUUAGAGACACACAGAAGAGUGGCAGCUACGUUCUGCAUCUCGGAACGUUGCUUGGAGGAGGAGCAUUGAAGGUGGGAGACGUGCUUACACCUCACGUGAACUACGCGCGGCGUCUCGGUCUGGCCCAGCACCAUACCGGCACCCACUUACUGGCAGCGGCACUUAGGCAGGCAUUGCUACAGGAGAACAGCAAAGGCGAGAGUGGGAAACGCUCCGAGAACGCUUUUAUAGAAGCGGAAAAAAGAGUUAUCAAACAGAAGGGGUCUCUCGUGGAAGAAAAGAGGCUUCGGUUUGACUUUGACUGGGAUGCUCCACUAACAAACCAGCAGAUUGAAGCGGUCGAGCUUUACGUGCAGAGAGCGAUUGCUUCCUCUUUGCCAGUAAAUACGGCGGUGUUGCCACUCAAAACUGCCAUGGAGCUCCCAGCGCUGUGCGCAGUUUUUGGUGAGGCAUACCCGGAUCCAGUGCGCGUUGUGACUAUUGGUCCGGACACAAAAGAACUGCAAAAAAUACAGGAGACACAGGGGGCCGACAAAGUGAGCUCCAGCGUGGAACUUUGUGGAGGAACGCACCUCAGCAACGCCGCUCAGCUUGAGGACUUCGUCGUGAUAUCUGAGGAGAGCAUUGCGAAGGGCGUCAGAAGAGUAGUAGCAGUUGCGGGAGAGGCUGCAAUUAGCGCUCGCAGUGAACUUAGAGAUGUCUGCUUGUCCCUGUCGAACCUCGAGUCGGCCUCCCCAGCCUUCCCCUUCUUUGAAAAGGAGGUACAGCAGGCAAGAGCUUUUGUAGAAAGCAACAAAAUGAUUCCCCUACUGAGCAGGCGACGGCUGUUGGCGGAGCUUGAACACAAACAAAAGCUUGGGCUGGAACUAAGCAAGUUUCGCGCAAAGGAGUUGCUGCGCGUGGGGAAGCUAUCUGGGCAGGAAGCAGCAGCUGCUGCGGAAGGGAAGAAGUUCAUUGUUCUUAACCUGGAGCAGCUGCAGGGAGACGGGAAGGCACUCGAUGAAGCCGCAAAGGCGCUGCAGUCUGCCGCCCCUUCGUUGCCUUUUCUGCUGCUGACUGGGCUGGAGAGUCGGGGCUCCUCCUGCAUUUGCUUCAGUCCAAAGGGCUCUCCCAUAGUGUCCUCGCAGUGGCUUAAUGAGGCGCUAAAGGAGCUGGGCGGCAAGGGAGGUGGCAAGGAGAGAUGCGUAGGAGCUGCUAAGAACGGAACAGUAAACGGCUUGAAACGUGCCGUGGAUGCUGCCAUUGCUUUCGCUGAGGCGGCCCUGCAGUAA